GGACCUCCUCCAGCCCACUGGCCUCACAAAGUACCUAAUCCAGCAGAUCUUCCCCUAGCAACAGUGACUUUGUAGUGGUGAGUGGAUGGGGCAAGCAGUUCUUAAAAAGGUUGCCUGAAGCUCUCAUGGAGAUUGAAAUUCCAAUUGUGGACUUUGAUAUAUGCAAAGCUGGCUACAUAAAAAUAGACAAAGUACUUACUGAAGACAUGAUAUGUGCGGGUUUAAGAGAAGGAGGACAAGACGCAUGCUCUGGGGACUCUGGUGGUCCAAUGGUCACAUACAACCAUAAUACUAACAACUGGUACAUAGCAGGAACUGUAUCAUGGGGAGUGGGCUGUGGGGAAAGUAAUAAGUAUGGAGUAUAUUCAAAUGUUUACAAAAAUGUUGACUGGAUUAAAGGAAAAAUUUAUUAA